AUGCUUCUUCAUGCCUCUCACUUCGUAGCCAGGCGUUCACCGCCACUUGCACGAGGCAUUUCGACACUGUACAGUGAACUCACCGAGCGUGGUUUUAUCUCGCAAGCUACCAGGCCAGUUUUCGUCAAGCCUCAGCAGCUCAGCCAUGCACUCGAAACUGCAUCCCAGACUGUCUACUCGGGUAUCGAUCCAACGGCAUCUGCACUCCACAUUGGCCAUCUGUUCCCGAUGAUGUGUUUACUGCAUUUCGAACUUCGGAAUCACAAUACCAUACCUCUGAUAGGUGGCGCAACCGGGCUCGUUGGAGAUCCUUCUGGCCGCUUGACAGAACGGUCCCCGGCAGAUGUGAGGCUUGUGCAGGAUAAUGUGCUGGCUCUUUCACGCGGCGUAACACGGUUCUUUCGUGGCGCGUUUGAAUAUGCCGGAAAUCGGCCGCAAGGUGGAUUCAGGCCUACGAAGAAUGAGGUUCUUGUCAAGAGCAACCUUGAAUGGUAUGAAAACUUUGGUAUCCUUGAGUUCUUGCAGCGGGUUGGUGUGAAUGCCAGAGUGAAUACGAUGUUGAAUAGAGAGAGUGUCCGAGCACGUCUGGAGUCUCACCAAGGCAUGUCCUUCACCGAGUUCACGUAUCAGCUCCUCCAGGCCUACGAUUUCUACUACCUGCACAAACACUACGGAUGCACGAUCCAGGUCGGCGGCUCUGACCAAUGGGGGAACAUCAUCGCGGGCGUAGAGCUCAUCGGUCGUCUUAACCCGCCCUCAGACACAGUUCCCGAGCCCUUUGGUGUGACCACCCCACUGUUGACAACAGCAGCGGGUGAUAAAUUCGGGAAAAGCGCAGGCAACGCCAUCUGGCUAGAUCCUACAUUGACCAGCGUUUUUGACUUUUAUCAGUAUUUUAUCAAGGUCGAAGACGCUGAUGUUGAAAAAUAUCUCAAGUUGUUUACGUUACUGCCACUCUCAGAAAUUCACGACGUCGUUGAGACACACAAGCUACAGCCCGAGAAACGGAGUGCUCAAAGACGACUGGCGGCCGAGGUGACUGAAUUGGUCCAUAAUAGAGAAUCGCUUGUAAAGGCCGAAACUAUGUCAAAAAUCUUGUUCAGAGAAACUUCUGUUCAUGCACGAGAUAUUGACGCGCAAUCUCUAAUCAAUGCAUUUGAGGGAGACCCACGACUUAUCUGGUGUGACCAAGAAGAGCUUCAUUCAACACCCGUGCUGAAAUUGGCCUCGAGACACGGUUUGGCCUCCUCCAAUUCCGCUGCUCGUCAAUUAAUACAGUCAAGAGGACUGUACUUCAAUGAUCAGGUAGUCCCGGAAAUACAUUUCACAGCAGCCUCCGAGCACCUUAUAGAAGGACGCAUCCUCAUCCUGAGGGCAGGCAAGGACAAAAUCAUAGUUCUAGCUUCAAAGUAG